AUGAAGUUUGGGAAGAACUUACCAAGGUGCCAGGUGCCCGAGUGGAGUUCUCAUUAUAUCAACUACAAGGCCUUGAAGAAGCAUAUCACCAGUGCACAGCAAGCGAAGCACGCGACUGGGACUGACCCCGACUUGACCGCGUUCUUCUUCGAUUUGGACCGGAAUGUGGAGGAGGUGAACAAUUUCUUCAAUAAGCGCGAUACCGAGAUUACAAGGCGUCUCAAGUUACUGAACGACAAGUAUGGAUUUGAGGAGGCCAUGAAUACUGCGGACUUGUCCGCCAGCGAGUUGGAGGAAUUGAUGGGAGCAUUAUUUGAAUUGAAGGGGAACUUGCAGAAGUUGCUGUGGUACGCCGAUGUCAAUAGACGCGGUUUCGUCAAGAUCACAAAGAAGCUCGACAAGAAGCUGAGUGUGCAGCAUCAACAGAAGUAUUUGGAUUCAAAGGUGUAUGUUCUUCCGUUUGCUUCGCCGACGAGGGCGCAGGAGCAUUUGGCGAAUGCCGUGUCGUGGCUAGAUAAGCUCGGUGCUGCGACGAAUGAGUAUCACACUUCGUCAAGAUCAUCGUCGUCGUCAGCGUUCUUGGCAAGAGAACAAAGGACGAAGCUGGAGACAAUAGUUUCGGAGGACAAGGCCGAGGAAUUGCGCGAUGCUCUCGAUCAAUGCGACCCCAAAUUGGCCAAGAAGCUGCUACCAGGCCUUUUGCAGCAUGCGCUUACUCGGAAAUCGUUCGACUCUGUCAAGUGCAUUCUAGCAUACCACAACUUCUCUACCAGCACAGACCUAAACGAGCGUAACCUCGUCCACCGGUAUGUCAUCUCUCUCGGAAGAACCUAUGAGCGUGCGGCAGUGGGAACCGAUUCACCAAACGGCGAUCACAGUAGCCCGUUCCUCGUCACGCCUGCGUUCACGCCCGGGUUUGUCUACCCAUUCACGCCGAGUGGGCCAGGUACGCCGAUAUCCCGCGCGGAGUCGUCCCGGAAGAUGAGUUUUGAUUUCCCUAUCGUUUUGAGCGAGCGUGGGGAGGAGGACACGGCGGCGCUCGAGUACCUCCUCGACUCGUUGAGUGUGGAUCAGCAGAAGUUGUUGGUUGAACGUGACAGUUAUCACCGGAGACCUUUGCACUAUGCAGCGAGGUUUGGGUUGGCGAAUGUUUGUGCCAAGUUUCUUGAUUACAUGAGAAAGUGGGGACAAGUGCGAGAUCUGGAAGAUUUCGAAGGAGAGGAGUGGGGGGACAAUGAGGGGCUUACGCCGGUGCAGUUGGCUGUUAUGGGCAAUUACCCCAAGACCAUUGGAGUACUUUUGAAGUUUUUAAACCGGGAUCCAUUGGACACUAACUUCAUUAGGACUCCUGGAUUGACGAGGGCAUUGGGUCUUGCGUCGAAGUUGAAUGCUUCCGAGAUUUUAAAGACGUUGAUGGACAAGGGUGUGGAUGUAAACGUGCAGGACGCCGAAGGCGAUACUCCUCUGCAUAUCGCGGCCCGUCUUGGAAAUCUGGAGUGUGUGGAAGUCCUUCUCGAUGGUAAUGAAUUACAGAAGGCAGAUACCGAGGUCACGGAGAAUGCGUAUGCCUGGACUCCACUCUUCGUGGCUGGCGCGGAAGGAAACUUGGCGGUGGUUGAGCGACUCCUCGAGGCAGGUGCUGAUGUCGAACGUUUGGAUCAGGAAGGAUGGACGGCAUGCGAGCAUGGCAUCUUCCGUGGUCACCUUGAUAUCGGGGAGAAGAUCAUGCCGCCCGAAAAGACGCGGACGGCGAAUGGUAGUCUACACAUCGGUACGGAAGCGAAGUCAUUGGAGAGCAUUGCUUCGAAUCUCUCUAGAAGCGCUGGGAGCUUCAAGGAGGAGAUGACGGAUUCUGAGGCCGCGCCGGUCAAGACUUUUGGGCAUAGGUAUUUGAAGGAUCAGACGAUGAUCCUCGUAACGCUAGGUUCGACCGAUACGAGAACCACCGAUCCUGCAGUCCAGUUGAAUGGUGUUGAUUUGAGUGAUACCGCGACGUCUGAUCUCGAUGCUGCGUUGUCGCUUCGUGUUUCUGCGAUGGGAGCGGAGGGGGAUUCGACGACGCUUGAUCUGCCUUUGGAUGCUUCGGCGUUGACUGAGCCGCUCAUCUUUAAUACGAAGGAUUUAAAGAACGUUCAACUCUUGUUUGAUAUCAUCCCGACGUACUCUUCACAGCGGAAGUUGAUCGGACGAGCUGUUGCGCUUCUUUCUUCGGUGAAGACUGCUUUGGGUCAGGAUAAGGCUUCGUUGCAGGGUCUUGUUACUGUGCCUAUUGUUGCCAGCAGCAAUUUGCGGGUCAUCGGUCAGCUCCAGUUCAACUUCUUGAUCAUCACCCCCUUCCAACACGAAAACCUCGUCUUGCAGAGGAACAACACAUACUGGAAAUCACUUAUCACCACUCGCAUCAUCGGACAUCGAGGUGCCGGAAAGAACUUUGCCACAGCAAGCAGUUUGCAGCUUGGAGAGAACACGCUUCAGAGUUUCAUCGCUGCUGCGAACCUUGGUGCGAGCUACGUGGAGUUUGAUGUGCAGUUGACGAAGGACAGCGUACCUGUCAUUUACCACGACUUCCUCGUGUCCGAGACGGGUCAUGAUGCACCUGUUGGGUCUCUGACUUUGGAGCAGUUCAUGGCUGCUUCGCUUCAUGAGCUUCCAUCUGAAAGUCGACAGCACAAGGUUUCGAACCGUGAUUUUGCGGAGGGUCAAGAUACGCUUACCGACAUGAAGGAGUUUGGCCGAACGAACAACGGUCGACCAACAACUCGUGCGAGGUCGAUGUCUCUCACGAACGAUGCUAACGAAGCUGCUGGGCUGAGUCAGAAGAUGCAGUAUACCCGUGACUACAAGAAAAAGGGCUUCAAGGGCAAUUCCCGCGGUAUUAGUAUCCAGGCACCCUUCACGACUCUGCAGGAAGUCUUCCAGACGCUGCCGAAGCAUGUUGGUUUCAACAUCGAGUUGAAGUAUCCUAUGAUUGAUGAAGCGCAGGAUGAGGAUAUGGAGUUGUCGUUCACCGAGAUCAACCACUAUGUUGACACUAUCCUGAAGGUCGUCUACGACUACUCGGAUGGGAGAGAUAUUAUCUUCUCCACCUUUCACCCCGAUAUCGCCAUUCUUCUCUCUAUGAAACAACCCCAAAUCCCGAUUUUGUUCUUGACGGAGGGAGGCACGGCGAAAAUGGCCGAUAUCCGUGCUUGUUCACUCCAGCAAGCAGUCCGCUUCGCGACAAAAUGGAACUUGCUCGGUAUCGUCAGUGCCUGCCAGCCUCUCAUCCUUUGUCCUCGUCUCGUGAAGAUCGUCAAAGCGGCAGGACUUGUGUGCGUAAGUUAUGGUGUUGGUAACAACGAGCCUGCGAAUGUCAAGUUACAGUAUAAGGCUGGUGUGGAUGCUGUUAUUGUUGAUUCAGUGCUGGCCGUUAGGAAGGGAUUGCAGCAUCCUGUUGCUGAAGGUGAAGAUACGCUUGCCGUAGUUUAG